GCACGGUGCGCCCCCUCCCUUCCCGUAUCAUGGUUCCUUUUGGACGUCACCACAUCAAAAAAUCAACACAAGAUGUCAAAACGGCCAAAACUGUCAGGUGCCCAGGGGAGAAAAAAGAGAAAAGAAGAGGAGGAGAAACGAGAAAAAGACAGAGAUGCACUGUUGAAGUUUCUAAAUCCCACCCCUGGGCCAUCUACCACAUCUACCGCUGCUGCCUCCACUUCAGCAGCACAACCCACCAGUGAUGCAGCAUCAGCAGCACAACCCAGCCAUGAUGCAGCAGCAUCAAGCGGUCUUCCUGUUGCCUCCACCUCAGCAGCACAACCCACCAGUUUUGCAGCAGCAUCAAGCGGUGUUACUCUGACCCAUGACAGCCAGCCGGACAUUAAUGGCACAGAACUUGCAAUGGAAAUGCAGAAUUUCCCACCAUUGCCAUCAAAGAACAUGACAAACAUGGAACUCUUGACCUUCCUGCAUGAGAAGAAGCUGGCAGAAAUUUACCCCAACAUGUGGGUUGCUCUGAGAAUCUUUGCCACUCUUCCUGUUACAGUGGCUGCUGCUGAAAGAAGCUUCUCUAAGCUCAAACUCAUUAAAACCUACCUGAGAUCUACUAUGAUGCAAGAACGUCUCAGUGGACUUUCCAUCAUAAGCAUAAAUCAUGUGGUCUCAAAUCAGUUGUCAUAUGAUGAUGUUGUAGAUGACUUUGCUGCAAGAAAGACUAGGAGAGUAAGGCUGUAGCAGGUGAUGUGAGGUUGAUGAGGGGGUGGUGUACAGUAAUUUGUAAGUCAUUCUAGUUAAUGCAGUAUUAAAAAGCACAACUAGAGAACUCUGUAGGAUCCCCUUUUUUGUAAUAUAGUUGUUAAAGCCAUACUGGUUUAUUUAAUAUCUUGUUUUGUGCAGUGCCUUAUUUAUAUUGUAUUUUUAAUUUAUUUUAUCCAACUUGUUGACACGUUUUAUUGUGUUUAUGUAUGUAAAAUUUAUUGUAUUUCAUAUAUUCAUUAUUUAUUUUUUGUAUUCAUUUAUUUAUUCAUAUAUUUUUUUAUCUUGUUAAUUAUUCUGAUUGUGAAUUUGCUUUCUUUAAGUAAAAAAAAAAGGUCAAAGACAAAGCUAUUCGGUUUCUUGUGAGUACAUACACUACACUGCCGAUGUAGGGGGGCGCCACCUAAAAUCUUGCCUAGGGCGCCAGAUUGGUUAGGGCCGGGCCUGCUCAGUUGUCAGGCAAUAGUUAGCCGCCUGACAAAUCUCGAAACGGGUGUAGAACUCAUUCAGCUCGUUGGUAAAUGCAAAGUCGGCGUUGAUCGUCGCAGUGUCCCUGGCUUUGUUAUCCGUGAUGGUGUGUGUGUGUCGCCCGUGGGAGACUCCGCUCGCUCUCGAUACCGGCGUUUGGCAUCCCUCACCGCACGCCGUAUGAA